CAAAUCCAUGUGAUGUGUAGCAUUAACCCUCCGCCACGCUCGUCGGCGGUAAUCUCGAAAGUAGACGCGCCACCCAUGUCACGAUUCUAUUCAUUCCAUCCGCGGGAUGAAGAUCUAAACGGAUCGAUCCCACAGGUACGGAGCGAGCGAAGCGAGAGGCGCAGGCAGUACAGCGGGCGACGGUCUUGGUGGCGUCAACGGACUUCAAGUUCCAUUCAAAAACAGUUGAGAAUUGCGGCGCACUAAAUGGACUAUCAUUCCAAUCAAUCAUCGCUUUCCAUAUCCUUUUGCUCUCCUUGUCGAAGGGGAAGAGGGGACGCACCUCCGCAGCAAUAAUAGAGGCGGAACGAGAGGGGGCGACCGGUUCCUCUUUCCUGGGUUUCGCUCUUGAUUUCGGCCGAUUGGGGUGGAUCUCCCUGUCGGUUAUGCUGGGACUCCUGGGUCGAACUCGGUGGAAUUGCGCCCCCGGUAUUCGCUUCUGUUUUGGAGGAAUCUAGGGUCACCUCUGACGCGGAUCUGAGUGGUUGCGUCGCUUGGGUAAGUACAAUGGAGCAGGCCUCGGAGAAUUCUGUCCCUAUAUGGACUGCGAGGAAGGCUGAAAAUGCAUGGGUUAUUCCAUCCAGCUCCAAUGCACUUUAUGGAUCAAGUGAUGUUAGCCUGUUCUCAAGCUCAUUGCCUGUGCUUCGUCAUGAUAAAUUGAACUUUAGAGAUUCACAUGUUGGUAUUCAAUCAACCGUCAAUGCAGCUUCUAAAUUGAAAAAGCUGAACAAUGAUAUGGAGGGCAAGGAUCCCUUGGAUGAUCUUGACCUUCAAGAGAUUGGGGUCAUGUUACCUGAUGAUGAAGAAGCUCUUUUGUCUGGCAUAAUGGAUGAUUUUGACCUUAAUGGGUUACCUGGUCAAGUUGAUGAGUUGGAAGAUUAUGAUCUAUUUGGCAGUGUAGGAGGUAUGGAAUUGGAUUCUGAUCCUACAGAAAGCAUUGCAAUUGGUGUGGCAAAGUCAAGUGUCUCUGAUGGGUCUUUAGGCAAUGGGUUUAAUCAGUACAGUCUUCCUAAUGGUGUCGGGACUAUUUCGGGGGAGCACCCAUAUGGUGAGCAUCCUUCGAGAACCCUAUUCGUGCGGAACAUCAACAGUAAUGUUGAAGACUCUGAAUUACAGCUGCUCUUUGAGCAAUACGGAGACAUUCGAAGUCUUUAUACUGCAUGUAAGCAUAGGGGAUUUGUGAUGAUAUCUUACUAUGAUAUACGAUCUGCUCGAUCUGCCAUGCGUGCAUUACAGAACAAGCCCUUAAGACGGAGAAAGCUUGACAUACAUUUUUCAAUCCCAAAGGAUAACCCAUCAGACAAAGAUAUGAACCAAGGAACUCUUGUGAUAUUCAAUUUGGAACAUUCAGUUUCUAAUGAUGACCUUAAGCAAAUAUUUGGGGCAUAUGGGGAAGUUAAAGAGAUAAGGGAGACUCCUCACAAACGGCACCACAAAUUUAUUGAGUUUUAUGAUGUUAGAGCAGCAGAAGCUGCCCUUCGGUCAUUGAACAAGAGUGACAUAGCUGGCAAACGGAUAAAGUUGGAACCCAGCCGUCCUGGUGGAUCUCGUAGGAGCUUGAUGCAACAACUGACUCAUGAGCUGGAACAGGAUGAAACCAGAGUUUAUCGGCAUCAUGGGGGCCUGUCCACUGCCAAUUCGCCUCCAGGUCCAUGGGCACAAUUCAGUAGUCCAAAUGAUAACAAUCCACUACAAAUUUUUAGUAAGUCCCCUAGUGGUGCAGCAAUGAGCCCUAUUGGAAAUAACGAUAUGUCUGGAUUAUCUUCUCUACUCUCUCCAAAGAUAUCUUCUGUGAAGAUUGCGCCAAUUGGGAAGGACCAAAAUAGGGCCAGUCAUCCUGACCAGAUAAGCUCUAGCAGCAGUCCUUUUCUGGGAGGUGGAUAUCAACAGUCUCAUUCCUUCCCAGAUCACGGUCAUGGAGUGCUGACUUCGACCCCAGGAAAUUUAACUUCUUUUGGUCCUUCGACUCCAAAUGCAUCUGGUGUUGGAAGUCUGACUGGCCCACAGUUUCUAUGGGGUAAUUUGACUUCUUACAUGGACAAUGUGCAGUCUUCUUCUUGGCAGUCUCGAGCUACAGGAAGUUCAAUCAUGUCAAAUGGACAAGGGCAAGCGCACAGCUUUCUCUAUUCAAGCCAUCAUGGCUCAUUCCUGGGGUCAUCACACAAUCAGCAUCCACAUCAUGUUGGAUCAGCUCCAUCUGUUCCUUUCGUGAGGCAGUAUGGAUUUUUCCCCGAGUCACCAAAGACAUCCUUGAUGAACCAGGUCCCAUUUCGAAACAUUGGGAUUAAUCAAAAUGGUGGUAGUUUACAUAUAAAUAUGACUCCUCGGGCCACAGUGAAUGAAGGCAUUAUAUCAGGAAAUAUGCCAGAUAAUAGUUCACCGAAUGUGCGAAUGAUGCCCUCUCAGAGAUUUGGACCUGUGCUCUUUCACAAUGCUCCCUAUUCUGGCCCAAGUUCCAUUGGCAUCAAUGGUCUAGUUGAUCGUAACCGCAGUCGGCGAGCUGACAACCAGGGGAUCCAACUUGAUAACAAGCAGUAUCAGCUUGACUUGGAGAAAAUCAUUAAGGGGGAAGACACUCGAACAACGAUAAUGAUAAAGAACAUUCCAAAUAAGUACACCUCGAAGAUGCUUUUAGCUGCAAUAGAUGAAACUCACAAAGGCGCUUAUGACUUUUUGUACUUGCCAAUUGAUUUUAAGAAUAAAUGCAAUGUGGGUUAUGCAUUUAUAAACAUGGUUUCUCCUGCACACAUAAUAUCCUUUUAUGAGGGAUUCAAUGGGAAGAAGUGGGAGAAGUUCAACAGUGAGAAGGUUGCCUCUCUGGCAUAUGCACGAAUCCAGGGUCGAGCAGCACUUGUUGCCCACUUCCAGAACUCUAGCUUGAUGAAUGAAGAUAAGAGAUGUCGCCCUAUUCUUUUUGAUUCUGAGGGAGCAGAAGCUGGUGAUCAGGAACUCUUUCCAUUAAGUAGUACACGCGUUUAUCAAGAAGAUAGGACUGUCAACCUACUUCAGAGUGCACAAGGAAUCAGUCCAAAUGGGAAUCCAGAGAAGAGCGCCUUUUCUGCAACUAGUUCGGAGGACUAGAAGUUCUUGGCAGCAACCAUGUACCUGGAAAUGCAACCUUUCCUUGGUUGUUCCAAGUGUAGAAUACAGUGAGGGGGGGAAACUGCAGGUGCAAUUGUAUCAAAGGGUGUGUCCACUUUUGAACCCAUGGAUGCAUCAAAGUUACCAUUAAUGGAAAUAAGGGCAGGAUCCUUUUUCUUUUUCUUUUCUUUCUUUUACAGAUGAUAGUAUGAUGUAAAUAAAUAAGGUUCAAGUGUAUAGGGUGAGAUGAGGCCAGUCUGCUGCUAGGCACAUUGCUAACCUGCGGCGGCACCCUGGUCUUCUUUCUCUUCUUUCCGGGACCAAAUUUAUGUUCUCUCUCUAGGUGCAGAGUCGAAGAGUAGAAUGAGUUCGGAUGUCUUACUGUACAAAAAUGAUCUUAAAUUUCCUGACCUACCAACAGUUAAGUAUUGUAAGCGGUGGUAUGUGCACAUGAGGACUGCUUAUUUCGGAUCUUCGUUCUAAGUGGCGAUUUAUUUGUCCUCAUGAAUUUAA